CAUGUGGUAGUUGUUGUUGUUUUUCACCAGGGCGGUUGAGUGGGGGGUGGAAUGGGGCGGCACCGGUGGUUUUCUCUAAAUUAAUACAUCACAUGCACGCAAAAAGGACGACUAGAAACGACUAGGACUAGGAAGGACAUGCAUACAAGCUUAAUUAUGGGAUUUAGCUGGGUUGUCUUCUUGGUGCGGUUUUAGUUUGGUUUUUGGUUUGUUGGUCUGGCCAUCUAACUAUCAUAUUUUGGGUCGCGUAUAAUUGGGAUACAUGCAGAUCUCUACCCGUAAAUAUUUUAAUUUAGUUGACCGAAAAGAAGAAGGAUAGGGAGAUGUCACCAUAACCAGGAGACUCCAUCUCACUCACUGGAUGAUGGCUUUUGAAAACAUUUCACGUGGCAAUUUUUAAUGGCAUUUGUUGGCCUUUGGGUGCGCUGAUGCACACUGAUGGAAAUUGUAAUAGACAGAGGGCUCAUCUGUGUCCCAGAGAUCAGGGAAUGGAAUGGGUAUACCGCCGUUAGACGAAACUAUAGAUACUGUCAUCUACUGUAUACGUGCCCCGUAGUUCGUUAACGAAUUCUCGGAGCUGUCAUUACCAUUAACAUUUUGGCUUGGGCAAACAUUUUAGCGUCGCACUCUCGAACUCAUUUGCACUUUUGUUUGCAUUGGAUUUUGGACACUGUCACCGCCGACGGCCAAAAACCAUUGACAUGACCACAUUUCGGUAUUUUCGUGUCGCUUCAGUUAUUUGAUUAGUUAACAGGUGGACGAAAUGGAAGGGUUUUCUGCUGUUUGAACAGGGGGAUGGGGCAACACUGCUGUGUUCACUUUCCACGCCUCAACGGCUAACUAAAAUGGGUAAAAUGGGGAAAGUUUAAUGCUGUAAUUGAUUGACAUUAUUUGCUUACUUUUACCAUUGUCCAUAUACUCGUUGACAACGAUGAAAUGUAUCAAAAUGUCUCAGUUUAGUUCCCUUUUUGUAUGUUAAUUUAUUACAAUGUAGCAGUUGACUUGUGUUUUUUAGAUUUUGAUUUUCUUUACGUUUAAGAUAAUAAGAAAAUGCUACCAAAAUCUCUUUUUGGUUAUAUUAAUUUAAAACUAAACAAAUCGAAUUACAAGCUGAGUUGCACUUGGAUAACUUUGACUUCAAAUUCAAAAUGUUUAUUUGCUUGUUUUGUCAAAUUUUUGGUAAAUAUUUUAUUUUGUGCGUAAAAUGUGCAGAAAGUUUUACGUUUUAAAGAAAUUCAACAUUUGCAAUAAGUACAGAGCUUGCAUUUUGUGGGCAAUAGUGAAUAUAGUGUUUGGAUUUGUUUUUAUUCCUCUUGUGGUGGACUUUGUAUAUCAGAAAAAUUUGCCAAUUGCAGUCAUGGUUAUGGGCUGCAUAUCUGGAGGAAACUUUAUUUUAUCUGGUUUUAUGCUAUUAAUUGGAGUUUUAAAGGCCUUUCGCUGCCUGGUGUGCUCUUCCAUAAUUUUCUCAGGCAUAGGAACCUUUUUCAUUCACUGGCUUAUUAUACCUUUGGUGAUUUAUUUAAUUUUCUCCUUCAUUGUUUAUAAUUAUUACCAAGUGGAUAUGUGCUCUGAUGAUCGCUAUCGGGUGGCCAGGAGAUUUUCAACGUAAUAUUCUAGUAACCUUUUAUUAUUAGUUAAUAACAACGUAAAUAAAAAUAGUCACACCA